AUGCGUCGUAAAAGUGAGCGCACCGCUAAUAAAAAAACGAAGGCUUCUCCUGAAAAGAAAGUAGAAAAACCUAAACGCACGAAGGCCAGACGUAAGAAACAAAGUAGUUCUUCAGAGAAUGAUUCACCUGAUGAAGGGAGUCCGGUUCGUGAAGUAGAAAAAGUCGUAGAAGUUGAAAAAAUCCCACCGCAAACACCCGUCACAGGAGACAGUACUGAAGACGCCCAGGAUCAGGUGUGGCAAGUUAAAACUGCCGAAGGUUCCGGCGAUGUCGGCGAAAUACAGAAGUUGAAAAUAUGUUUGACAAGACCUCCAUCUACACCAGAGAGGGCGGAUAGAUCGCCGCGCAGUAAGAGAAAACAUUCCCGGGCAACUAGUUCUAGCGACACACCUAGUGUAGAAGGUGUGGAGGAGAAAAAGAAACCUAAACAUCGUGCUAAACGAAGCGCUCGUGAUAAAGACGACACUGAAAGGAACACUGACAGUCAUGAAGAUGAACAGGAAGCUGAAUCAGAGGAACAUACCGAGAAAGCCCAACAGACUUCUCAUAAUGAAAUUUCUCAAAGUGAGUCCCCUCAAGAUUCCUGUACUAAAGAGACUCCCAUGUCUACAACUACUGAGGAAGUCAAGCAGAAUGAAGAAGCUAAUGUUUCAGAGUGUGGUGAUAAGGUGCAGGAACCAAAAGAAUCAAAUGAUAAAGUAGAAGAAGAUAAGGACAAUGAAUCACAAGAAAAGGGCAAAGGAUCACAAGAAAAGAGCAAUAGAUCACAGGAAAAGGAUUGUGAAUCACAGGCAAUGGUUUUAGAUGCUGAUACUACUGUUGUUUCACCUAAAAUGGAUACCAAAGUUGCAUCCCCGGUUGACCCUAUUAAACCUAAUUCGGACACUCAAUUAGAAGUAAUUGACAGUAAUGAAAGAACUCUGACAAAGACAGAUAAUGCCGAGCAAAAGUCUCCAGAACAGGAAAGAGGUGGAUCCGUUGAGAAGUCUGAAGUAUUGGAGCUGCAUGCUGAAGAUAGUAAAUGUGAAUCUUCUGAUAAUGAGGUGUUUCAAACAAAGGAAGACCACAAGGAGGAUGCUAAGACACCUCAGGAAGAACCAGCCAAAGAACACUCAUCAGAUGACCAAAAGGUAAGUAAAAAUGAAGAAACUGACAAUAAGAACUCUAAGACAAUUGAUACUGAAAACAGUAAGACUAUUAAUAAAAAUGAUGUUGUAGAAAGUUCUGACACUCAUUCUAAAAGAAUAAAAGAAAGGAAACCCUCAACUUCAUCGGAAAAAGAAAACCUUAAAAAAGGAGUUGAAUCUAGGCCACAUGAAACAAGAGUUUUACAGCGUAGCGAUUCCUUGCAGUCUACACAAGAACUAGUUCCUAAUGGGCAGCCUGGUCAUGUUAUUGGUAGAAAGCGAAGAUGGGGAUCUAGAAGCUCUAAGGUUACUACACAAAAGUCAAUCACGAUUUCUACGGAUGUUUUGAAAGAUAUUAUACCUGAUGUCAAACCGGUAGAGUUUGAUGAAGUCAUUGAAGAAAAAAAACACAAAGGUGAAAGAGAGGUCAAAGAAAAAGUUGACAGGCCUAUAUUGCCUAAAAUUGUGAUAGAUAAUACUGAUAAUGUAGAAUUGAAGAAAGAACAUGAAGAAAAGGACCAUUCAAAGUCUAGGGAUUUGGCUUCGCAUAGAAAAAUUUCAAUAAUCAAAGAUAGUGAUAGUAUUAUAGCAAGGCCUCCAAGCCCACCCAGAAACAAACAGUCUUGUAUAUUGUACAUCACCAAUUUGGUCAGACCAUUUACAUUGCCACAGUUGAAGAACUUGUUGCAAAGGACUGGCAGAAUUGUUGAUAAUGGUUUUUGGAUAGACAGAAUAAAAUCUAAAUGCUUUGUCCAAUAUGAGACUGAAGACCAAGCUGUUGAAACAAGACAUGCAUUACAUGGGGUCACAUGGCCUGUUUCCAACCCAAAGACAUUGCAAGUAGAUUUUUCUACAGCAGAAGCUUUUGAGAAGGCUAAAUUAAAUGAGGAGACAGAUUCAGCCCCAGUUUCAACUAUUCCUGGCACUGUAGAAGACUGGCUGAGGGAACAAGAUAUGAAACGGGAAAGAGGGGAAUUGGAGAAGCCAUGGGAAAGGAAGACGACCCGCGAAUGGGAUCUUGGGAAGAAUGAUAAGGACAAGGAAAAAGACAAACUGCGACGAGACGACCGGCCUAUGGAAAAAAGGCGACAUCGCUCACUAGAGAAAAGUCCUGAACCAGCCCGUAAAUUUAAGAAAAAAGAGGAAGAGGCACCAGCCAAGCUGUUGGAUGAUUUAUUCCGAAAAACAAAGACGACUCCUUGCAUAUAUUGGUUACCGCUCUCAGCUGAAACGAUAGCAAUAAAGGAGGAACAGCGCCGCCAGCAUAUGGCCGAACACGAGCGGCGAUUGCAGGAGCUGCGUCGAACGCAUCGUCGUCACUAG